AUGUUUCCAUGUUCUGUGCCCCCUCUGUAUGUGUGUUUAUGUACAGCCAGCGUCGGACAACGUGGAAACGAUUGCCCGGAAAGUAAACCUUGGCCAUGUCGUACACCAAAUGUCUGUCUUUCAUUUGCUCUCAUCUGUGACGGGGAAGCUGAUUGUCCGGACGAAUACGACGAAGAUCAAGAGAUGUGCACAGCAAAGGUACGUCCGGCUGAGGAACACUUGCAAGGUUUUAUCAAUAAAUACCGGAACUGGUUGAUUCCCGAUAUCCUGGGUGAAGGAAAACCGGAGGAACUCGCUACUAAACUCGUAGAAAGCAAAACAAUUGUGGAUUAUGCCAAGGCUGCGCACUUGAACGCGGACCAGGUGAACAGACUGAUUCAGCUGUUGAACGGAGUUAAAAAUGGUAAACAAAUUGAGUUGCAUGUGAUGGGAAUGCCAUUGGGUGCGUGGAGUGAAUUGUACGUUCUGUUCUAUCGAAUCUACUUGAGCGGGUUUUUGGACAAUGUGGACGAAUUGCCCGGGGUACAGACGAUUACGAAACAUUCAUACUGGGAGAAACGUCCCUACUAUCACUACUACUGA